GUGAGACAGGUGCAGCUGCUGUCAGUCUGGACUCUGCAUGAGCUACAGCUCACAUUGGAUCUGAGGACCGAGGCAACGCAACACGAGCAGAAUGAGUGGAGAUGGAAACGUGCCUCCUUACACUAUCCCAGUGGACGGCCAGCAGGGGGGCGGAGUCAAAGUUUACCAUGUCCACACCCCCUUCACUCCUCCCACCUCCUCUCAGGAAACCUCGGCCUCUCAGGUCACACCAGUGUACUCCAGUGGAGGAGCCGUCAUCGACACCGGGACCAGCACUAAGAAGACCCAUGUGAGCUAUGACGUGGGUCUGGGCCGUAACCCGGGGAUGACGCGCUGCCCCAGCUGCCAGCAGCAGGUGAUGACCGAGGUCACCUACAAGGCCGGGACGUACGCGUGGCUCAUGUGUUUACUCUUCAUCUGCCUGGGGUUGGUCCUGUGCUGCUGCCUGAUCCCGUUCUUCGUGAAGAAGUUUAAAGACGCCUACCACCACUGCCCCAACUGCAAACGAGUGCUGUACGUGGACAAGAAGGAAUGCUGCAAAUAACCCAACACGCCAUCAGAACCGGACCGAGAGAGCGGCGCUGCUCCUCAUGCACUUUCAUGGAACUGUUCUUUUUAACCUUGUGCACAUGAAGACUUGUACAUAGACACAUUCAGAUUGUGUAACGUUAGAGCCGGAGGAAGAGGAUCAGCUGUAAAUCUGUAGAAAUCACAUUUAGAGCGACUCCUUCUCAUGGAGGAACAUAUUAUAACACAUAUAAAUACAUAUAUUAUAUAUAUUGAAUCUCUUUGGUUGACCUGCAGGAAACAGAGCGGUGAUGAUGUGACUGUGGGUUUGAUUUCUGUCUAGUGGAAAAUAACUUUCUGUCUUUGUGGUGUUAGAGAGAAUCUGACUCUCUGCAUCCUCAACUUUCUCUUAGUCGAUAUGAAUAUUUCUACAAUAAAAGUAUUUAGAUGAA